UUACGCACGCACCUAAGCAGGAAGUGAGUAAAGGUAGCAAUCGGUGCGAUGGAAGUCGAUUUAAAAUGUCUUUAAAAUAAUAAAAGUUCGGUAUUUAAAGGUGAUUUGGGUGAUGGAUGGAGGUUUGACCAAAGCCGCGGCGCUGCGGCGGGUUGUGACCGACAGACUCUCCGCCGCCUCCCGGGACAUUUUAGCGGCGCUGGACAGGAUCCUAGCCGAAUACGAGGCGGAGGCUUCGGGCUUCAGACGGGAGAUCGACCGGCAGAAGAGACAGCUGGAGCUGCUGCAGCCUCAGGUCGCCCUCAGCGCUGCCGGUGUGAAGCGCAGCAGGAGCUUCAUCUCUGCUGAGGAAGAGGAGGCUGAAGAUGAAGAGUCCAGUGAGAACCUGACGGGUCCAUCAAGAUCUUUACCCUCCAGAUGUCAGUAUGACAGAAAGAAACCCAGCAGACCUCAGAUCAGAGAGCAACAGAACCACAUCGACUUCAGGAUCUGCGUCCUGGACGACUCCAACACCGGCGUACUCUCAAAAAAUGCGCUGAAGAAAUGUCCAAUCUUGGACCUGAAGUGUCCUCGAGGUCUGCAGGAGGCCGACUUCCUGGACCUGCUGAGAUCCGCCUCCGCUCAGCUCGACAAACCUUUCGACAUCCUGAUGUCGGACCAAAGGCGGAGAUUACAGCCUGUGAGGGUGAAGACGCUGACGGCCGAGGAGAUCCUCAGUGAUGUCGGCUGCAUCGGACGGAAGACGCCGAUGCUCUACGUCCGACUGAAGAGUCAAGAUGAAGUGAUUCUUCCUCUGCAGACUCCAAACAGCAGCUUGGUCACGUCAACAUGUGAGGAACCGAAUCAGCAAACCAGACCAAAGAACUACAGACUCUUCACAACCUGCUCAAACUCUUGGUACAGGACCUCACCACACGGGUCAAGAAGCAGCCCUAUUCAGGAGGUCGAAGGCAGCACAUUAAGCACCGUUUCACACCAACGAGACGUGGAAACUGAGGAAGCUGCUGAAGAAGAACCGACUCCAGCUGAGGGUAAAGCAGAAGAUAGUGAUGAUGAUGAGAAGGACGAAGAACGAGGAGAAGAGAGUGAUGACAUCUGGAAACCAGAUAAGAGCGAUGAGAAGGUAAAGAAAACCAAACUGCGAUCAAAGAAAUGCAAAGUCAAACGUUGUGGCGCCGCUGCUUUCUGCUGCAGGAUCUGUGGAGCUCUGCACCAAUCAGAGGUCUCGCUGGUCAAACACGCCUGGACUCACGAGGACGAUUUGGUUUGUGGUGCUUGUGGCGAGCAUUCAGAGUCUGAGGACGCCUUAAAGGAUCAUCUUCAAAGUAGCCACAAAACUGAAGCCUGUCACAUCUGUGGAGAAUCUUUCCUCAGCGCUUUCAGCCUGAACGAACAUGUGGCCGCUCACUCGGGGGAGAAACCGCACGAAUGCAGCAUUUGCCGCCGUACAUUUGCUCUGAAGGCGACACUGGAGCAUCACGAGAAACUCCACCAGGCGGGAAAACAGUUAAAAACGAACCUCAGGACUCACGGCAACAGGAAGUCGCACCUCUGCGGCGUGUGCGGUAAAUCCCUCAGCGACUACCGAUCUUUAUCCCGCCACAAGAUGACCCACUCAGGGGAGAGACCGCACAGCUGCCAGAUCUGUGGGAGGUGUUUCAAACUGCCGGGAACUCUGAGGCAACACGAGAAGAUCCAUACGAACCGAGAGCGUUCGUACCUCUGCGACGUCUGCUGCAAGAUGUUCCUGACCGCCAAGCAGCUGCAGAUCCACAUGAGGACGCACACCAACGAGAAACCGUACCACUGCGGCGAAUGCGGCCGCGGCUUCACCACCAAAGGGCCGCUGACAGUGCACAUGCGAGUUCACACCGGAGAGGCACCGUACCGCUGCCCCGUCUGCGGCUGGUCCUUCAAGCGCAAGACCAACCUGGACAACCACGUGGCAAUCCAUUCAGGCGUCAAACCGUUUGUGUGUGGGAUUUGUGGGAAGGCGUGCGCUCGUAAAACGUAUUUAACCGUCCACAUGAGAACGCACAACGGAGAGAGACCAUAUAAAUGCACCAUCUGCGAGAAAGCCUUCACCCAGAGCCACUGUCUGAAAACGCACAUGAAGAGCCACCAGGCGGAGGAAAACGCAACGUGAACAGUUAAAUUAUUGUCCUUUUCUCUGUUUCAUUUCAUAUUUCUUCUGAUUGUAAAUACGUACGUGUCCAAUAAUAAAAUCUUGGCUGCA